AUGGGGAGUCUCUUGCGGUUGCUGCAAAGACCGCGGCGUCAAUUAACUCGGUCACUUCUGCAGCCAUCAUUACAUCGUGUCUCUUCUCUCAGCAGUGGUGUUGCUCAGUCUUACGGCCCGUCCCCAUCAGGGCUUCUACGUGCUACACUCUUGGGGCCGAUCACCUCCAAGACCAACAAUGAAACUAAUGACGAAAGAAACGCCCGAAUUCUUGAACUGCUUGAUUCUAAAUGGGAAUAUGGUAGACCUCCCUCGUCAUUAUCGUUUGCCCUCACGGGACAUUUGUCUGCCGGCUAUACACAGGGCCAUGGCCGGCUUCCCUCAAUUGGAACUUUAUCUUCCCUUCAAUACGUGACAGAAAGACUCGCUGUGAAUAACCAGGGAGCCGAGCUACUACAAGCCGAUCUAGAGAAGAUUAUCUCUCGCUGCCGCAGAAAACAUCAAUGUACAGAACUUCUCUCAACUUUGGGAGAUAUUGUUGUGAGGCUUCAACGACUAAACCUCUUCAUUGACCCCAAACUCUACGAACUCGGAAUGUGCAUGGCUGCUCAGAGCCUUUCGUCUGCGAAUUUUCACCGUUUCUUCACGGGUCUUCUCAGACUGACCCCUGAUCAGUUGCAGUUCGAGUCUGGCUUUGAUAUUGUUCAAACGCUAUAUGAAACUGUUCGCCAGGAAGUUUUUGAAACCCCGCAUUACGAUACCACACAUAUUCUUGCUGAGAUCACCGGUGAAUACGAUGCUAUCCCAGAGAGUGAUACUGUCACAUUUCAUGAUAUACUCUGCUCAAUGCUCAAAGACGACCGACAUUUGACUAGCUGGACCAAUUAUCUCUGCUUAUUAUCCAGACUUCAAAGUGGCGAGCCUUUAACCAAUUUAUGGAAGGAGUUUCUCGACAAAUUUUCAGAGAAGAGCCGAGAGAAUUUGCACUCGAUGUACAGCGUUGUACUGGAUUUAGUGCGGGCCAGGCGUUCGGAAACUGCUGCUAAGUUCCUUGAAGGCAUUUCGAUCCGCAAUGGAGAUAACCUGCCGCAUAUUUCAACGUUCCCACAUUUACAAGAAAUAUUUGACGACUCUGUUGUCUGCGAAACUUUGGCAGAUGUUGGAGGAGAUCAAUACGAUGUAUUGCUCGAGAUUGCCUUUAAGAACAUGGAACAACGUUUAGGAAUUCGAUGGGAGAAAGCCCAGCAACCGGAAGACGAGGCCCACAUCAGCAUCACCGCAGACUCGCCAUGGUCAGUAUUCGAAGACCAGCCUCUUCUGUCAAUCGAUGGUGAUUGUGCCGGCUAUGACGACCCAAGCCGACUGUAUGCCGAGCUUCAAGCCUCGGGCUGUUCUCGCUCGCCAAACCAACUGGGCCGAAUUGUGGAGCUACUUCACGAUAAUGAUGGGAUUGGCCUCAAAGUAGUUCUACAGGGUGAUCAUAAACUUAAUCUACCAGAAUUUCGAUGGUGUCCUCGACAUUCGCCUAUUGAAUUCUCGCACGCUGAACUCCCAACCUUGUCAGACCGCUCCCGAGAAUGGACACCGGCCUCACUUGGACUAAUAUGGGUUCGUCCCCUUAUCAAUGGCGUGCCUCAGCCAAGAGAAAAGUCCUUUCAUCUCAUGCAGCUUGGUUUCCUGGAUAUGCGGCGCGGAUCACAUGAGGCGUGGCAGUCAUCGGGUUACAUUGUCGGCUGGGACCGUCAAUCUGGGCAUAUGAGUGCAGUAUUUGUUGGGACAGACCGCGAAGUUAUCGACCGCGGUCCCAUGCCAUCAGAUGCUCCAUUUGGAACUCUGCUACGUAUUCGGCCCUCUCAUAUUCCAGACUCCGGUCUUUGGAGCUCUGUGGAUCCUUUCCACUUGGAUCUGGACCCAAGCCUAGACCUAGGCUUUCGAUAG